AAAAAAACUUUUCAUCGUCUUGUACCGGCGGUUUCGGCGGGCCUCACCCGGCUUCCUCACUUCCCGGAUUCUCCUCUCGAUUGCGUCCCCGCCUCACCUGCUCCCCCUGCCGUCCACGCGACGCUCACGGUCGCCUUCGGUCGCCCUCGGCCUCGGCCUCCCCGCCGCCCGAGAUGGCUUCGGCCCCCGAUCCUUCUUACGGCGAACUCUGACCUCGAGCCGCGCGGCCUCGGGCGGCGGACCUCGCCGCUGCAGUAGUUGAUGUUGCCCGCAAGAGCUGGAAAAAGGAACAUGUCUUUCGCGGGUUGAGCUUUGUGCAGCGGUGUACUUUCCCAAUCACCAUUAGUAAGGUGAUACUUUGGUAUUCUUGCUAACUUCAGGUAAUGGUCAAUAUGAGGGACAAUGAGUCAUCAAAUGAAGCACAAUUGGAUGAGCCUUUAGGGAGAGUGCCAAUACUUUCCUAUGGUUCUGGGCAUAUGCUUAAUGACAUCACAGCAUCUUGUUGGUUUACCUAUUUGCUGGUGUUCUUGACGGAUGUCGGACUUAGUCCACGUGAUGCUGCUGUUGUCAUGCUUUCUGGACAAUUGGCGGAUGGAUGCGCAACAAUCUUUGUUGGGGAAUUGAUCGAUCGUUUGGGACAUUUCAAACUGUGGCAUGCAGGAGGGUCUAUUUUAGUGGCAAUUUCCUUCUCAUCUGUGUUUGGUAGCUGCUUGCCUUGCAAACUUACGGGAACAAGUUCAUCUACUCUGGAGACUGUUGGAUACAGCACAUUUGCCGCUAUUUUUAAUGUUGGUUGGGCAGUUACUCAAGUCGCUCACAUGUCAAUGGUGAACUGCAUGACAUCAAACCCGACUAGCCGGGUUUCACUUGUAAGCUGUCGUAAUGCCUUCACAAUGGUUGCAAAUCUUAGCCUUUAUGGCAUUGCUUUGCUGAUAUUUACUCUAUUGCAGUCAGUGAAUGUAAUAGUUCAGUAUCGGUGGAUUGCUUAUAUGUCCAUUUCCCUCGGAUGUUGUUUUGUUGCCAUCUUCAUAUUUGGAACAAAAGAGCCAGGGUCAAAUCAGCAUUGUGAGGAUAAAAGCCUUUCCAGAAUUUCUUGGGCCUACUGGUUCAAGAAAGUAUUGUACUAUCAAGUUGCUCUAGUCUAUACUCUUACUAGAUUGGUGACCAAUGUUUCACAGGCACUUCUUGCUUUGUACGUGAUAAAUGAUUUAGAAAUGCACCAAUCCUCCAAAGCAUUGGUACCUGCUAUUAUCUACAUCAGCAGCUUGACAGCAUCUGUGAUAUUACAGGAGACUACAUGGUCAAGUUGGCGUCUCAAGAUUUACUUUUCAGCUGGAGCAGUGCUUUGGAUAUUGUCAGGUCUUGCAAUUGUUCUUCUACCAAGCAGAAUGCACAACCUGAUGUAUGCCAUUUCAAUCAUAAUAGGAGCUGCCAAUGCUCUUAUGGUAGUGACAAGUAUCAGCAUGGAAGGUAUUUUAGUAGGAGAAGAUCUAAAUGGUUGUGCUUUUGUGUAUGGAUCAUUAAGUUUUGCUGAUAAAGUUUCAUGUGGGCUAGUUCUGUUUAUACUCGAGUCCUAUCAAGGAAGUACCAAGAUGAGGAAUUUAGGAAUGGUAUUUGGCUAUUCAGUUACAAGACUUGGCUUGGGAUUAGUUCCAGCUGCCUGUUCAUUGCUUUCAGCGCUAGUCGCUUAUACUAUGGACCUCCCUGAUACUCGGCGAAGACCUUUGGUGGAGCCUCUUCUAGCAUGACUUUGAUGGUGACACUUGUACAGUUCCACUGUAAACUUUUAGUCAUCACUUGUAGGCAAUGGCAUGUGAUGGAUGAAUCCACUGCUGGAGCCUGGAGCUACUAACAACCUUAUAGAUCUAAGGAGGAAUCGAGCUCACAUACUGGUCCAAUUGAUUUUGACUUCAUAUGGUCUGAAUAAGUUAUAGAAAAGAGAAAAUGUACUCAGCAAGGUGUUGACUAUAUGGAUCAAAAGUAGCAUAGGAGCUGGAAGACUGCUGUCGAUCAUACUGAACUGCGUAAAUUAAUCGGCAAUUCCCUUGUUGUAAAUGUAACCUAGCCACAUUGUUCAGGACAGUACAUAGCUUGUAUGUUAAUUCAUUCUGAAUGCAACUGAACUGCCACGUAGGCACAUAUAGUCAUUGGCAAGGAAUGUUUACUCAGGUCCUUGUUUUAUAGGAUUGUGAUUUCACUAUAAACGAUCGUGGGUGUAUAGAUAACAUCAUGAUUAAUCCAGUGAAACGUUUCAUAUUGA